UGUUUACUUUUCGUAAAACAUCAAAUUCAAUGUUUUUAUGGGGAAAUUUUCGUUAACAGUUUAAUAAAAGUAUACAAUAUUUAUUCUGUUAUCUCCUAAAACAAUUUGGUAUCCUCCAGCCACAGGUUUACUGUUUUUUCCCUGUUUAUUUCGGUUCCUGCAAAACAUUCCAAUAGUUUUAUGGUUAUAUUUACGAAUUUACUCCAAGUUUUUUGCCGGUAUUUGAUUUUUUAUGAUGAAACGACCAAAUACCUAGCAUUUGCCUGGUACGAGAUGUCUGACCCGAUGGAAGCUGGACCCUCAGGUUCGGGGAGAUAUACUCCCCCCUUACCCAUGGAAGAGGACUUUGUACUGGACGAAAAUCGACCGCCUGAACCAGAGGGAGACCCACCAGACAGUCCCGAAUUGCUUGUUACAAAAGAGUUUGAUGAAGAUGAUAAUCCGCUAAACUUCUUAAUGAACUGCUCAGAUACAGUGAGUCCAGAUGAGACUCAAGAAGAAGAUACGGGUAUGGAACGGGACGAGACGGCGUCGCCUUUGCGAAAAAAACCUAAAUACAGCUGGAACACCCUGUAUAAAAUUUACACCAAGUUUCCUUUCGAGGUUGAGCCAGGCCUUCAAAAUUUAAGACCAGAAAGUGGAUAUUCUGCUUUGGAUUGUUUUAAAUUAUUCUGGGAUGAUGAAUUAAUUGAUUUGAUGGUCCAAGAAACGAACAAGUAUGCAAGAUCGAAAUUUAUCAGGCCUGGAUACCAUAAAGAUUUUCUAAGCGGUUGGAUGGACGUGGAUGUGAGAGAAAUGAAGGAAUUCAUCAGUUUGAUCAUAUAUAUGUCCAUGACAAAGUUUCCAGAUUUCAUGGCGUAUUGGAGCACACAUCCUGUAUGGGAGACGUCGGUAGCAUGUAAGAUAAUGACGCCGACUCGAUUUCAAAGACUGAUCACUUUCCUGCACUUUGGAACGGAUGGAUCGGAUAGUUACUUGGCUAAAAUCAAUCCGGUCGUGCAUCGUUUGAAUGAAAAUUUCAGAAAAUACAAAAUCGCCGGCCGGGGCCUAUACGUCUACAUGACGUCCAUCUACCUGCGGAAAAAGUACCGCUACAUCGAGCGCGGCACGCGUCCCAAGCGCGGUUGCCGCAUGCUCCGCGUCCUGGACAAGGACCUCUACACGCACCGCAUCGAGCUGGAGCAUCCGGAAUGCGAGACCGCGCCCCUCAGGCCGAGCCUGGCCAAGAAGCACGUCCUGAACAGCCUGGACGGGCUGCUGGACGUCGGCCGCGUGGUCAACGUGCAGGGCACCUUCGUGUCGGUGGACUUGGCCAAGGAAUUGCUGAGGAGGAAGACGUACCUGGCCGGGAUGAUCAGGACCAAGUCGCGCGGCACCCCCAAGGAGCUGUACCAGCUGGGCGCCGAUUCGCCGCUGAUGGCGGGAUAUCAGAGUUUGGACGGGAUAUGCGCGCUCAACUGGUUCCAGAAGGGCAAGAGGGCGAAAGGUGGUAAUCGGUUCUACUUUGGUCUGACGACGUACCACGAACCGGAUCCCAUCACGCCCUCCAAUCCGAACCCGACCGCCGCUCAGGUGGUACCCUGGUUUCUAAGGUACCUGUACAGCUGUCACCAGUACUACCUGGCCGCGGAAAAGCACAGCGUGCCGAGUUGCGCGGCCUACGAGGAGGCGCUGUGGCACGGGCGCGUCGCCAUGGAGCUCAUAGCGAGCGUGGUCGCUACCAACGCCUUCGUUCUCUACAACAUGCUCAACGACGAGAGCAUCAGCAUGUUCCGGUUCAGGGACGCGCUGUUCAGGCAGCUGGCCGACAACAGCGGACUGCCCUACGUGUCCAGCGGAAACGAGGCUUCCGAUCCGGAGAUGGUAGAGGACGAAAGUCUACCCGACUAACGUAUUUUUCACGUUUAGGAUGUUUCAACGGAAAGCCAGUACCUAUAUUAGAACAUUCCAAAAAUUUGAAACGCCGUUCCAACAAUUUUUUUUCAUCGCGCUAUUUACAAAAACAUGCAAUAUCGUUGAAAUGUUCUUAAAUCGUAUUUUAGAACGUUCCAGAAAGUUGAAACGCCAUUCCUACAUUUUUUUUCGUCGUUAUUUACAAAAAGACAUCGCAAAAACGUCGAAAUGUUUUUAAAUCACAUUUUAGAACAUUCCAAAAAUUUGAAUCGCCGUUCCAACAAUUUUUUUUCAUCGCGCUAUUUACAAAAACAUGCAAUAUCGUUGAAAUGUUCUUAAGUCGUAUUUUAGAACGUUCCAGAAAGUUGAAACGCCAUUCCUACAUUUUUUUUCGUCGUUAUUUACAAAAAAACAUCGCAAAAACGUCGAAAUGUUUUUAAAUCACAUUUUAGAACAUUCCAAAAAUUUGAAACGCCGUUCCAACAAUUUUUUUUCAUCGCGCUAUUUACAAAAACAUGCAAUAUCGUUGAAAUGUUCUUAAAUCGUAUUUUAGAACGUUCCAGAAAGUUGAAACGCCAUUCCUACAUUUUUUUCGUCGUUAUUUACAAAAAACAUCGCAAUAACGUUGAAAUGAUCUUAAAUCACAUUUUAGAACGUUCCAAAAAUUUGAAACGCCGUUCCAACGAUUUUUUCUUUCAUUGUCAUUUACCCAAAACAUCGCAAUAUCGUUGAAAUGUUCUUAAAUCGUAUUUUAGAACGUUCCAGAAAGUUGAAACGCCAUUCUUAUAUUUUUUUCGUCGUUAUUUACAAAAAAACAUCGCAAAAACGUCGAAAUGUUUUUAAAUUACAUUUUAGAACAUUCCAAAAAUUUGAAACGCCGUUCCAACAAUUUUUUUUUCAUCGCGCUAUUUACAAAAACAUGCAAUAUCGUUGAAAUGUUCUUAAAUCGUAUUUUCGAACGUUCCAGAAAGUUGAAACGCCAUUCUUACAUUUUUUUCGUCGUUAUUUACAAAAAAACAUCGUAAUAACGUUGAAAUGAUCUUAAAUCACAUUUUAGAACGUUCCAAAAAUUUGAAACGCCGUUCCAACGAUUUUUUCUUUCAUUGUCAUUUACACAAAACAUCGCAAUAUCGUUGAAAUGUUCUUAAAUCGUAUUUUAGAACGUUCCAGAAAGUUGAAACGCCAUUCUUAUAUUUUUUUCGUCGUUAUUUACAAAAAAACAUCGCAAAAACGUCGAAAUGUUUUUAAAUCACAUUUUAGAACAUUCCAAAAAUUUGAAACGCCGUUCCAACAAUUUUUUUUUCAUCGCGCUAUUUACAAAAACAUGCAAUAUCGUUGAAAUGUUCUUAAAUCGUAUUUUAGAACGUUUUAGAAAGUUGAAACGCCAUUCCUACAUUUUUUUCGUCGUUAUUCACAAAAAACAUCGCAAUAACGUUGAAAUGAUCUUAAAUCACAUUUUAGAACGUUCCAAAAUUUUGAAACGUCGUUCCAACGAUUUUUUUCAUUGUCAUUUACACAAAACAUCGCAAUAUCGUUGAAAUUUUCUUUAAUCGUAUUUUAAAACGUUCCAGAAAGUUGAAAGUCAUUCUUACAUUUUUUUCGUCGUUAUUUACAAAAAAACAUCGCAAUAACGUUGAAAUGAUCUUAAAGCACAUUUUAGUACGUUCCAAAAAUUUGAAACGCCGUUCCAACGAUUUUUUUUUUCAUUGUCAUUUACACUAAACAUCGCAAUAUCGUUGAAAUGUUCUUAAAUCGUAUUUUAGAACGUUCCAGAAAGUUGAAACGCCAUUCCUACAUUUGUUUCCUCGUUAUUUACAAAAAAACAUCGCAAAAACGUCGAAAUGUUUUUAAAUCAUAUUUUAGAACAGUCCAAAAAUUUGAAAUGCCGUUCCAACGAUUUUUUUUCAUUGUCAUUUACACAAAACAUCGCAAUAUCGUUAAAAUGUUCUUAAAUCGUGUUUUAGAACGUUCCAGAAAAUUGAAACGCCAUUCCUACAUUUUUUUCGUCGUUAUUUACAGAAAAACAUCGCAAUAACGUCGAAAUGUUCUUAAAUCACAUUUUAGAACAUUCCGAAAAGUUGAAACGCCGUUCCAACGAUUUUUUUUCAUUGUCAUUUACACAAAACAUUGCAAUAACGUUGAAAUGUUUUUAAAUUGUAUUUUAGAACGUUCCAGAAAGUUGAACCGCCAUUCCUACAUUUUGUCGUCGUUAUUUACAAAAAAACAUCGCAAAAAUGUCGAAAUGUUCUUAAAUCACAUUUUAGAACAUUCCAAAAAGUUGAAACGCCGCGCCGUUCCAACAAUUUUUUUUUCAUCGCGCUAUUUACAAAAAACAUGCAAUAUCGUUGAAAUGUUCAUAAAUCGUCUUUUAGAACGUUCCAAGCAAAUGCGUUAAAAAUCUCAAUCUUAAGUCUUAGAAUGUUCCAACAACUUCGAUAUGCUGACGUUCCAGCGGCAAAUUUGUAAACUUCCAUGUUCCAAAAGAAAAUGAAACGCGAUUACAAGAUUGUUUCCACUCUCAAAGUUCUUAUUCCCUUUGUAUGUAUGUAAAAUUAAUUUUGCCAGGCAAAUGCAAUUUUAUUAAUUCUUUCAUGGGAUCAUUUUUCUACAUUUAUAAAUUGCGUGUUAUAAUACUUUGGAACGUUCCAAAAAAUUAAGCUGUGUUACCUUAUAAUGGGAAAUAUUAAAAACUGAGACGUUUGGGAUUGUCAGAUCAUUUUAUGUCACUAUUUUUGUCUUUAUUUUAUGUUUUUUUUAGAUUAUUAAGUGUUCUAAGCUCAGGGAAUGUUAAUUUCUA